GACGCACCCGGCCGCAAAGCAAAGUCUGUGAGACAUUGGUAUAAAAAAUAGUGUGAUGCAUGUUGUGCCCCGUACGAUUAUGUUGCACUCAAUAUCCCAGCCAUCACCAACGGUGACCGGACCGGAGAGAUGACGCCGAUAGUCACUCCAUCCGGCUUGCGCAGGUGCGUGGACAGUCGUCAGCAGGCGUGAGGAACGUUCCGGGAGGUCUUUGUGGUUUGAGUAAGGCACAGGGUACAGAGCAAGAAAAGUGAGAAGCCGUGAAGGAUGACGAAGUCGGAUGGCUGACGGUCCCACCGAUGCAGCUAAAUGGCGACGGAGACUUGUUGAUAGCGUGCCAAAGAUCUUUCAAUCGGUCAUGGUCUGAUAAUGCCUACUUGACAGCGCCGGCGCGCAUCGGUCAUAGCACGGACAUUUUACAGACGCGAACGCACCCAUAUGCCGUCGUGCAGAAGAUGAGCUCUCCGGGUUGCACCCAACACGUGUAGGCGUCAACGGUC